UCAGUUCUUUGAGGGUAGUUAGUUGGACAACGGCGUUGCCGAAAACGGGCCACCUCAGCUGCCGCACAACCAAUUUUUGGCCAUGUACAUAAAACAAAACCGGUUAAAAUCAAACACAAAAUGCAAUUAGCCAACUACAGAGGGCCACUAACAAGCACCGCAGAAGUCAACAAACUAACUAAAAAGUGCCAUCAACUAAAUUAGUGCAAGCAGCAGAAGGAUAUAGCGGAAGGCAGCGAAAGGAAAGGGCCGCACGGAAACGGAAAUGCCCAUUGAGCCGACAACGCCACCGUCUGACGACUCUGCAACAACAGCAAUAAAAGUAACGAUACAACACUGCCUGCCUGAACGCCGCCUGGCCCAGCCCCACACUCCCCCACCACACAUGUAGCCAGUGCAUUCGGUCUAUAUAUGUGUGUGUGUGCGAGUGUGCAUGAGUGUGAGUGAGCCAACAAAUUGUUGCGGCUAAUAGAACAGGAAGCAAACGGAGAACAGGAGCAGGAGGAGCAGCAGGAACAGGAGCUGCUGUAGCAGCAGCAAAAGCAAUUUUCAUACGCCUCCAGUUCGUCAGCAGAAAUCAUUCAAAAUUCAUCGUCUAAGCAAAACGGAUGCAGCGCGCACAAGAGAAUGAAUUUAAAUCGCAAAUAAAAUCAAUCAAAAACGUGCAUAUCAACCGAGAGGAACAAACAAACAAACAAGAAAAAAAAUAAAGAGAAAACUGAAACAGAAACAGAAACAGAAACAGAAACCAGAGAACCAUAAUCAAAGUUCUUCGUUGCAUUUAAAGGACACCAAGGAUAUUGAUAUACUUGUGUCCCCUGCCUCAGCCUUUAUAUAGCAAUCGCUCUCUUCACUCUCUCUCUCUGUCUCUCUCGGACUACCGACUACCGACUACCGACCCGCUCCCUGUGAGUGUGUGCGUGCUACGGUUUAUUGCAUGCCGCGGAUGAGCCGCGGAUUAUGUCACGUGACGAAUAUAAUCCAGUGAAUAGCUCUGGUGUGCGCAGUCCGGGUCGCGUGCGGCGGCUCCAGGAAUUGCCAACUGUCGAUCGGUCACCAUCACGGGAUUACGGCGCCCCACGCGGAAGUCCUCUAGCAAUGGGCAGUCCAUACUACCGCGACAUGGAUGAGCCAACCAGUCCCGCCGGAGCGGGCCACCAUCGCAGCCGGAGCGCCAGCAGACCACCGAUGGCCCAUGCCAUGGACUAUCCAAGAACCCGCUAUCAGUCGCUGGAUCGUGGUGGCCUCGUCGAUCCGCACGAUCGUGAGUUCAUACCGAUACGUGAGCCGCGCGAUCGUUCGCGCGACAGAUCGCUGGAGCGAGGCCUCUACCUAGAGGACGAGCUGUAUGGACGGUCGGCGCGCCAGAGUCCCAGUGCCAUGGGUGGCUACAAUACGGGCAUGGGGCCCACCUCGGAUCGCGCCUAUCUGGGGGAUCUGCAGCACCAGAACACCGAUCUGCAGCGGGAGUUGGGCAACCUCAAGCGGGAGCUGGAGCUGACCAACCAGAAGCUGGGCAGCUCGAUGCACAGCAUCAAGACCUUCUGGUCGCCGGAGCUGAAGAAGGAGCGGGCCCUGCGCAAGGAGGAGAGCGCCAAGUACAGUCUGAUCAACGAUCAGUUGAAGCUGCUCAGCACAGAGAACCAGAAACAAGCGAUGCUCGUGCGCCAAUUGGAGGAGGAGCUGCGUCUGAGGAUGCGACAGCCCAACCUGGAGAUGCAGCAGCAGAUGGAGGCCAUCUAUGCGGAGAACGAUCAUCUGCAGCGUGAGAUAAGCAUUCUGCGGGAGACGAUCAAGGAUCUGGAGUGCCGGGUCGAGACCCAGAAGCAGACUCUGAUUGCCCGCGAUGAGAGCAUCAAGAAGCUGCUGGAAAUGCUGCAGGCCAAGGGAAUGGGUAAAGAGGAGGAGCGUCAGAUGUUUCAGCAGAUGCAGGCCAUGGCCCAGAAGCAGAUGUACAAUAACUACACGGGCGUCAGCGGAUGCAGUCCCCCACUGCCAGACAUUAUUGGACAAUAUUACGGCCCGCCCGCCCACGCAUACGGCCCCAGCCCCGGAAACGGUUAUGGUAACGCGUACGAUCUGUACGGACCCUCCACAUCGUCGGGAGGCUAUUUAUAUGACCCGGGGGCAGCUGCUGCAGCAGCCGCCGCUGCCCAGAUCUACGGCCAGAGCCAGACCUCGCCCAUACGCCGGAGGCGGUACAGCAUCGCCGGACUGCCCUCGGCCACCAUGUAUAACGAUGUGUACGGUUACCCGGCCCCGCCACAGCACCAGACGAGCUCCUCGAACAUCGUCAACCUGCUGAACGAGGCCCACAAGUCGAUAUCGCGCUCCUCCCAGAUCCUCAACCUCUCGAACCAGGCGCGCCAGUUGGGCCAACUGGUGACCACUCCCCUGGGCGGCCGCGUAGUUUCAAGCUACCCCACGCUGCACCCGGGCGACACCUCGCCACCGUAUCUGAACGACAACCUGCUGCAAAUGUCCACGAGCUUCUCCUCCCAGCCGAACAUGUAUUUCCAACCGCAGCCGCAGCCGCAGCAGGCGCCGCUGCCCACGCAGCUGACGGCCGCCCAGAGCGCCGCUGCGGCGGCUGCGCGGCUGAGGCCCGCGUACUCCGUCACCAACCUGGUGUCGGGUUACCCGAGCUCGGCCGGCCUGGGGAUGGGCAUGGGAAUGGGAGCGGGUAUGGGUGUGGGUGUGGGUGUGGGGGCCUGCAAGUAUGGGAUGACGGGCUACGCGAAUCCCUAUCAGAGUGAGAUGCAGAACUCCUCGGGCUACGGCGGCCUGGGAUUGGGGCUGGGACCGUUCCAGCAGCGGCAGCUCAUGUCACAGUCCCUGCACGCCUCCAACCCCGCCAUCUCGCAGUACUAUCAGCAGCAGCACCAGCCUUCGGCCAGCUCGGCAGCGGCCCUGGCCUACAAUCUGCAGCAGCAGUUCGCCGGAAGCCAUCAUUACGGGAGCGGCGGCCAGCCGCCGCUGGGACAUUCGCACAUACAGGCCUCGGUGCAGCAGCAGAUGCAUCCGCAGUACCAGUACCAUGUGCACCAGCACCAGAACCACCUGCAGACCCAUCCCCUGGCCUCGCUGGCCAACACGAGUGGACCGUUCGGUGGGACGCUGGCCAGCAGCGGCAGGGACGCGGUGACCGGAGCCGGCUACGAGGGACUGCACCACUCGCAUCCGCAUCACUCGCAUUCGCAUCUGCAUACGCAUCCGCACUCGCAUCACUCCUCGCAUCACCAUCACUCGGCAUAUCCGCACUCGCUGUCGCACCACCAGCAGCAGCCGCAUCAACAGCAUCAUCACCACCAUCUGCCAUACUCAAAACUAGACUUAGAUUAUCCGAAACUGCCGCAAGAGCAUAAGCGACAAUUGGACGAAUUUCGUCUUGAAAUACAGAGAAGGGAUCAAGAGAUCCUGGCGAUGGCGGCCAAAAUGAAAACACUGGAGGAGCAGCAUCAGGACUAUCAGCGGCACAUAGCGGUGCUCAAGGAGUCGCUAUGUGCCAAAGAGGAGCACUACAACAUGCUGCAUUCGGAUGUGGAGGAGAUGCGGGCCCGCCUCGAGGAGAAGAACCGCCUGAUCGAGAAGAAGACCCAGGGCACACUGCAGACGGUGCAGGAGCGCAACCGCCUCACCAGCGAGCUGACCGAACUCAAGGAUCACAUGGACAUCAAGGACCGCAAGAUCAGUGUGCUGCAGCGCAAGAUCGAGAACCUGGAGGAUCUGCUCAAGGAGAAGGACAACCAGGUGGACAUGGCCCGGGCCCGUCUCUCGGCCAUGCAGGCCCACCACAGCAGCUCCGAAGGUGCUCUGACCAGCCUCGAGGAAGCCAUCGGCGACAAGGAGAAGCAGAUGGCCCAGCUGCGCGAUCAACGCGAUCGGGCCGAGCACGAGAAGCAGGAGGAGCGCGAUCUGCACGAGCGUGAGGUGGCCGACUACAAGAUCAAGCUGCGGGCCGCCGAGAGCGACGUGGAGAAGCUGCAGACCCGCCUGGAGCGAGCCGUCAACGAGCGCGAGCGUCUCGAGAUCAAGCUGGAGGCCUCCCAGAGCGAGCUGGGCAAGUCGAAGGCAGAACUCGAGAAGGCCACCUGCGAGAUGGGACGAAGCAGCGCCGACUGGGAGUCCACCAAGCAGCGGAUCGCCCGCCUCGAGCUCGAGAACGAGCGGCUGAAACACGACCUGGAGCGUUCCCAGCUGCAGCUAGAAGAACAGACCACACUACACAAAAAUGUACAAAAGUUAAUGUUCGAAACGGGCAAGAUAUCGACAUCAUUUGGCAGGACGACGAUGACCACGUCCCAGGAGCUGGAUCGGGCCACGGAGCGAGCCGACAAAGCGGCCGCCGAGCUGCGACGCACCCAAGCCGAGCUGAGAGUCACACAGGGCGAAACUGAAAAACGUUUUUCGGAUGCGGAGCGGGCACGCGAAGAGGGGGCCGCCCUGCAGGAGAAGCUGGAAAAGAGUCAGGGCGAGGUGUAUCGGCUGAAGGCGAAGCUGGAGAAUGCCCAGGGCGAACAGGAGAGUCUGCGCCAGGAGCUGGAGAAGGCGCAGAGCGGCGUCUCGCGCAUCCAUGCCGAUCGCGACCGGGCCUUCUCCGAGGUUGAAAAGAUCAAGGAGGAGAUGGAGCGCACCCAGGCCACGCUGGGCAAGGCGCAGCUGCAGCAUGAGAAGCUGCAGAACUCACUGGACAAGGCCCAGAACGAGGUGGACCAUCUGCAGGACAAGCUGGACAAGGCGUGCACCGAGAACCGUCGCAUGGUGCUCGAGAAGGAGAAGCUCACCUACGACUACGACAACCUGCAAUCGCAGCUGGACAAGGCCCUGGGACAGGCGGCACGCGUGCAGAAGGAGCGCGAGACUCUCACCCUGGACACUGAUCGCAUUCGCGAGAAAUUGGAGAAGACUCAGAUGCACUUGGCGCGCAUCCAGAAGGAGCGGGAUCAAUUCUCUGACGAACUGGAAACGCUCAAGGAGCGCUCGGAGUCCUCGCAGACGCUGCUGAUGAAGGCGGCCCGAGACCGGGAGGCGAUGCAAACGGAUCUGGAGGUGCUAAAGGAGCGCUACGAGAAGUCGCAUGCCAUACAGCAGAAACUGCAGAUGGAGCGGGACGAUGCCGUGACCGAGGUGGAGAUACUCAAGGAGAAGCUGGACAAGGCCCUGUACGCCAGCCAGAAGCUGAUCGACGAGAAGGACACCUCCAACAAGGAGUUCGAGAAGAUGCUGGAGAAGUACGAUCGCGCACAGAACGAGAUCUACCGCCUGCAAUCCCGCUGCGACACCGCCGAGGCGGAUCGCGCCCGCCUGGAGGUGGAGGCGGAACGAUCGGGUCUGGCCGCCAGCAAGGCACGCGAGGAUCUGCGCAAACUGCAGGACGAGAGCACGCGGCUGCAGGAGGCCUGCGAUCGGGCAGCACUGCAGCUGAGCCGAGCCAAGGAGUGCGAGGACAAUGCCCGCAGCGAGCUGGAGCACCACCGGGAUCGCUUCGACAAGAUGCAGACGGACAUCCGCCGUGCCCAAGGCGAGAAGGAGCACUUCCAGUCGGAGCUGGAGCGCGUCACCUACGAGCUGGAGAGGGCGCAUGCCGCCCAGACCAAGGCGGGAGCCAGCGUGGAGGCGGCCAAGGAGGAGGCCGCCCACUACGCGGUCGAGCUGGAGAAGAUGCGCGACCGAUACGAGAAGAGCCAGGUGGAGCUGCGCAAGCUGCAGGACGUGGACACCUUUGGGCGCGAGACACGCCGCCUCAAGGAGGAGAACGAGCGGCUGCGCGAGAAGCUGGACAAGACGCUGAUGGAGCUGGAGACGAUCCGCGGCAAGUCGCAGUACGAGUCGGAGUCGUUCGAGAAGUACAAGGACAAGUACGAGAAGAUCGAGAACGAGAUACAGAACAUGGAGUCGAAGCUGCACGAGACCAGCCUGCAGCUGGAGCUCUCCAAGGGAGAGGUGGCCAAGCUGCUGGCCAAUCAGGACAAGCAGCGCUCGGAGCUGGAGCGGGCGCACAUCGAGCGCGAGAAGGCGCGGGACAAGCACGAGAAGCUGCUGAAGGAGGUCGAUCGUUUGCGCCUACAACAGUCCUCGGUGAGCCCCGGCGAUCCGGUUCGCUCCUCCGCCUCCACCUCGGGGUUGUCGGCGGGCGAGCGGCAAGAGAUCGACCGGCUGCGCGAUCGCCUCGAGAAGGCGCUGCAGUCGCGCGAUGCCACCGAACUGGAGGCCGGUCGCCUGGCCAAGGAACUGGAGAAGGCGCAAAUGCAUCUGGCCAAGCAGCAGGAGAACACCGAGUCCACGCGCAUCGAGUUCGAGCGCAUGGGCGCUGAGCUGGGGCGCCUCCACGAUCGCCUCGAGAAGUCCGAGUCCGAGAAGGAGUCGCUCCGCCAGGCAAGUCGCAGCGGAGGCGCAGCCGCAGCCGCAGCUGCCGCUGCCCCCCAUCCCCAACUGGAGAAGCACGUGCAGAAGCUGGAGACCGACAUCAAGCAACUGGCCAUGGAGCGCGAGCAGCUCGUCCUGCAGCUGGAGAAGAGCCAGGAGAUCCUCAUGAACUUCCAGAAGGAGCUGCAGAACGCCGAAGCGGAGCUGCAAAAGACCCGCGAGGAGAACCGCAAGCUGCGGAACGGCCAGCAGGUGCCACCGGCAGCCCCCGCCGAGAUUCAGGCCAUGCAGAAGGAGAUCCAAGCGCUCCAGCAGAAGCUGCAAGAGUCGGAGCGAGCCCUGGCCGCGGCAGGACCACAGCAGGCGGCGGCGGCAGCCGCAGCGGCGGGCGCCCGACCCGAGGAGAUCGAGCAGUGGCGCAAGGUCAUAGAACAGGAGAAGGGACGCGCCGACAUGGCCGACAAAGCCGCCCAGGAAAUGCACAAGCGCAUCCAGUUAAUGGACCAACACAUCAAGGAUCAACACGCCCAGAUGCAGAAGAUGCAGCAGCAGAUGCAGCAACAGGCGGCACAGCAGCAGCAAACAGCGGCAGGUGCCGCCGCCGGAGCCGGUGUCGAUGCCAAGGAGCUUGAGAAGGUCCGCACCGAGCUGCAGGCCGCCUGCACCGAGAGGGAUCGCUUCCAGCAACAGCUCGAACUGUUGGUCCAGGAACUCGAAAAGAGUCAGCUCUCGAAUCAGGAGCAGGCCAAGCAGUUGCAGAGCUCUCAGCAGCAGGUGCAACAGUUGCAGCAACAGAUUCAGACGCUGCAACAGCAGAUGCAGCAGCUGCAGCAGGCUGGCAAUGCUGGGGCAGCCGCCACGGAUGUGCAGCGUCAGCAGCUGGAGCAGCAGCAGAAGCAGCUGGAGGAGGUGCGCAAGCAGAUCGACAACCAGGCGAAGGCCACCGAAGGCGAGCGGAAGAUCAUCGACGAGCAGCGCAAGCAGAUCGAGGCCAAGCGCAAGGACAUCGAGGACAAGGAGAAGAAGAUGUCCGAUUUCGAUGUGCAGCUGCGCAAGCGCAAGGAGCAAAUGGACCAGCUGGAGAAAUCCCUCCAGACACAGGGCGGCGGCGCGGCGGCUGCCGGCGAGCUCAACAAGAAGCUCAUGGACACGCAACGGCAACUGGAAGCGUGCGUGAAGGAGCUGCAGAACACAAAGGAGGAGCACAAGAAGGCGGCAACCGAAACGGAGCGUUUGCUGCAAUUGGUACAAAUGUCGCAGGAGGAGCAGAAUGCCAAGGAGAAGACCAUCAUGGAUUUGCAACAAGCCUUAAAGAUCGCUCAAGCCAAAGUCAAACAAGCACAAACGCAACAACAGCAGCAGCAAGAUGCUGGGCCAGCUGGCUUCUUGAAGAGCUUUUUCUAAAGAAACAUAGAAAAACCAAGACCCACACACCCACAGCUACAGAUGCAGAUGCAGAUAUUUACCUAAUACGAUACGAUAAAGAAGAAAACAAAACAAAAAGAAUAUACCAAAAGCACUGUCUACUAUUUUGUAUACUACCGAUGCCAGAUACUUAUACCAACUACAUACAUAUAUACAUAUAUACAUAUAUGCAGUAUUUCUACAACUCUCACAUACCACACCACCACUCCACACAACACCCACACACAAUUGUAAAUGACACUAUGUAAAUGCGAAAUGAAAAUGCAAAAUGCAAUUAUUUGAUAUUUAUGUGUAUGUACAAUUAGGUUGCCGCUAUACUCAAAUUAUGGAUGCAUUUAAAUGUCAGCAGCUCGUAAAGCUUCAUUUGUCUCGAACUUUCUUAGCUCUCUCUCUCUCUCUCUCUCUCUCUGUAUCUCUCUCACUAACUCUCUUUCUCGAUCCUCUUUCGAACUCAACUUAAUGUUUACCGUUUAGGCAACCACACACAACCUUGUCUCUCUUUCUCACUCACUCUCUCUGCCUAUAAAACACCCAAACCAGAGCUUUCUGUCCAACACUCACUCUCUGUCGCUACUGUAAAAGCUCAGGAACGUGACUACGCUAUGUCUAGAGGCUAGCCACCCAAUUGUCCCCCGCACGCAGCACGCAUAAGCCGUUGUUCUCCUAACUGCGCGAAUGUGAUUCACAAACGGAAGGAGCAAACAAAAAUAAACAGACAAAGGAGAAGAUAGUACGAGUUAUUUCGAAGUAGAAGAUGUAACUUAUAUGCUAGCCUCUGUUAUAGUUAGUAAAACAUUAACCACUUCCCAUUCCACAUGCAUUCACGCAUUCCACACUGUACAUAAAGCAAAAACAUCCAUCAUACAUACAACAAAAAGGGAGGAGAAUAUACAAAUAGCAUAUGUAGAGCAAUAAAUUAUACAACAAAGAUAAUACAACAGAUACUAUGAUAAAGAUAUGAGUCCCAUAUACAUAUUAUGUACUAUACAUGUAUAUUGUAGUUACAUGGAUUGCUAUUACAAAUUCUAUUUAGGCGUGUACCAAAGAACUAUACAGAUCCAUUUGUGGACGGACAAAGAAUAAGCGGAACGUAAAGAGAGAAUACCUAUACAAAAUCGUAAAACACUAAUAUGUAUAACACCGAUAAUAAUAAACUCCGUUAAACGUUACGAGUACCAUUUACAAUUUACAUAUAUAUAUGUUCCAUUAAAUCAAUCACAACAUACAACAAUAAUACGAUCAGUAACAACUCCCAACUCGUAGUUAAUCGUACACAAGCUUUACUUUUGUCAGCUGUGAAACUGCAUUGAAAAACUGCAUACCCGUAGAAGGUACAUUUACAUGGGCGACUCCAGGGUCAGUCUAGUCCAAAAGUCCCUCGUACAUAUUUCGUCUUGAUGGAGUGCAGAAAGUGUUAAUGUUAUCGAUCAUAUAUGACCUCUAUAUAUGUAUAUGUAUAAUAUCAAUUUGCAUAAAUAAUAGCUACCACGAAUAUAUAAACAUUUUAUACCAUACCAUAUAUCAUAGAGACAAAUUGUAGUAAAUAUUUUGAUUAGUUUGGCACACACUCACCGCCCUCUGCCCAUUCUUAUUAUUUGCAAUGUAGCUGAGAAAAAACAAGUAUAGAAAGAAUGAACACCACUGACUGUAGAGAAAGCGUAGUAAAGAGUAACGGAACGGAUGUGAACGUAGAAUGACGGAAAAAUCACUGCCAAUGUAAAGCAAGAAUGAAAUGAAGGAGAGACAGAUAGUUGGAAGUCGGUGUAUUCCUCCAAGCUAUAUAUAAAUUAGAUUAUCAGUUAAGUUCGGCUACGAUACAGACCCAAACCACGAUGACAUUCAGCAAAAGACGAAGCAAAUGACACAACACAAUCAUAUCAUAGAAACCUAUAUCAUACCCAAGAAAAAGAAGAUAAUAAAAUAUGGCGAUGAAAAUUUGUAACGCUUUAAAAAUAUUCUCGAAACACCCUCCUCCUACCACACAGAAUACAUAGAGAUCAAAACAAAAGUUGUAGAGCUAUAAAUAUCUCUCACUGGAGAAUGAACUCCAAUGCGAACUUCUCCCAAAACCAUUUGCAACCCAAUUAGAUAAAUGAUUAAUGACCAAGUAAAUUAUGAUAGAACAACAAUCUAUGGCAUAUUCGGCGCUUUGACCUUAGUUCCGUUUACAUAGCAUUGAUAACAUUUGUGUAUAUACAGAAGUAGCUAACCGCAACACCCCAUUUUCCACCCAAAACAUUACAUUCGCCCCGGAAAAGUUCCUUAGCUUGGAACGAUGGGGAAAAGCGGAAUAAAAUCUACACGAGUUCGCAGGUCAAGUAAUACAAUGUAGUUCGAGAAGAUCGAGCAUUUUCGAUAUUUCCCACCCCUUAUUUGAUGGCCGAGGCCGAGCAGAGCGAGCCCAAGUGGCUUGGCAGGUGUGUACAUACGUGUGUAGUUAUGUUAUAACAGAAACUGUAUAAUAUAUGAAAACUAACUAUUUAUAUGCAAUUCGAUACACGAGCCAUUUGAGAACAAGCAAAUUAACUAUCGACAAAUCAAACUUUGACAAACACACACAACGUUGACAAUAUAACCAUCCCACACACCACACACACACACACACACACACACACACACACACACACACACACACAGUUAUAGAAACACCCCACAGAACACACAAAAACAAAUCGCUGGAUCAACGUUGAAUCAUUUUUUACGACGCAAUAACGCUAAAAUGGAAGCCAACAUAUCCAGCACAAGAUAGCGCUGAUCUCAUGUUAACUAAAGUUAGAAACUCAAUUUCCCCACACACUUUCACUCUCUUUCUUCUAUUCACACACCUCUACCCUCACCUUCGAUUUCGAUUUCGAUUUCACUUUCGAUAUAGAUUUCCAAUUGUAGACAGACGAUGAAAAGCGCGAGAGGAAACGUUUGCCUUUAUCUACUUAAACUUACCACGUAUCGUAUUGUUAGCCUAGAUAGUUUCAAUUAUAACAGCAGCAGCCGCAGCAACAAAGCAGAAGCGAAUCAGAAGCAAGAGGAGCAGAACUAACUAACGGUACUAUCUACAAUAUAGUAUUUACCGUAAACACUUUAAUCAUAUUAUCCCCGCCGUCGUGUACCCUACUUACAAAUACAAAUACGAGAAAACUAAACGAUAAAAAGGAGGAGAACCCAAGAAAAACAAAAACCAAGAGUGGCAAGUGGAAAGCUUCAAGACAUUUUUCUAUACAAAACUCUAGCAAAUAUAUAAUUAAAGAAAACAAACAAAAUCUCGAAUAAUGUAAUUUAGCAAAUUGUAAACUCAAUAAAGGCAACCAACCAAAAACACCCAUUAAAUACAAUACUACUAGAUAACAAGGGAUCGGACCUGAGAAAUGUAGGAGAGAUCGCAGGAGCAGCCACUAAAUGAAUUUAUAUAGGAGAAAAGUCGAGGUAGAAUUAGGGCAAAUGAUCUCCA